AGAGAAAGAGAGAGAGGAGGGGAGUCCGAUCCUCUAUCGGCGGACACUUUUACGAGGCGUCGAGGGAACCUCGUCUACGUCAACGGUGGCGACUUUGAGAGUUGUGUAGUGCCGGUGGUUUAGUAGUGUAAUAGUGUUUUCUCACAGUGCUUUGUUGUAUUUAAACAAUACCGAUAAAAUAUUGACUACAGCGAGACACUACUACAUACUAUUGCUGCUACUCCUACUACACUACUACUAUUGUUAUUAUUAUUAUUAUUAUUAUUAUUAUUAUUAUUAUUACUACUACUACUAUUACUAUUAUCAUUACUGCUACUAUUAGAACUACACGAAUAAGUGAGAGACACACAAUAAGAGAGUGUCAACGGAAACAGUGUUGUAUCGUCAAAAGGGGUGUUCUUCAACGUUCAAGAUUUUCUACGGAUAUAUACACGUCAAGUAUAUCAUAUUCUUUUGUGGACCUACCCUUGCCAUAUCACCCACCUCUUUCCACCACCAUCAUCACUACCACCACCUUCCUCUCCUCCUCCUCCUUCUACUCUUCACUCACCCUAGCCGAUACUCAUCUAUUAUUUCCUAUUUUUUUUUUCUUUUCUUUUUUUUUUUUUCUCUUUUACUCAUCUUUUUCUUCGACCCACAAUGGUGAUACCGGCUUUUACUACCAACUCUACUACUACUAUUACUACUACUACUACUACUGCUACUGCUACUACUACUACUACUAUUGCUGCCAUUGCUGUUGCUGCUGAUGUUGAUAUUCUUCUUUCCAUUUGCUAAAAUUUGACUCCUCCAUCUUCAUAAAGGAAAUAUUAUAUCCAGGGAUAUUAUCGUCUAGGAUCCAACCAGGACAGAGAGAAAGAGAGAGAGAGAGAGAGAGAAAGAAAGAGAAAGAAAGAGAGAUAUAUAUAUAUAUAUAAACUCACAGACGGAGAUAGAGAAAGAAAGAGAGCAAGAGAGAGAGAGAGAGAGAGAGAGGAGAUUUACAGAAAAAGAAAAAAGAAAAAGAAACAAAAAAUGAACGAAAUUGAUUCCUGAGAGAUUAAAAACCGUGGCUGGCGAAGGUAUUCCUUCCGAUAGGAAGGAAAGGAAAAAUAUAGAAAUUGAUAAUAAAGGAAUAAUAUCGAGGGACGAGAUUUUUAUCCUCGUUGGUGUGCGAUUUAGUGAUCGUAAGUGGAGUUAUUGUUUUUCAACGGGCCGACGAAGGUGGAAGGAGGAAGAGUGGCCGAGGACGAGCAGAAGAAGACGGAGAAAAAGAAGAAGAAGAAGAAAAAAGGGAAAAGGUGAAUGAGGAGAUUUAUAUUUUCGUUCUAACACGAGUAUGAUCGGCAUAGCUCGAAGAAAUUGGGCUUUGCGCCUAUCAGUGGUGCUCAACGUUUGCGUACUACUUUAUGUAUGCGCCCAUUUUGGUUCUUCUUCCGGUCCUUGGAUCGAAGAACCACCAACCAAUUGGGCUGCCGCAGCACCACCAGCUCCAGCUCCACCUGCUGUGGCACAAGCACCACGAUCAAGAAAUUCGAUUUUACCAGGGGAUGUUAUCCCUGCUAGUGGCAUUGCUGGUGGUGCUGCUGCUGGUGGAUCGUCAAUCGAUCGAUUUUCGAAUGAUACUCUGAUCCUUUCUUCUUCCUUUUCAUCUUCCUCCUCCUCAUCGUCUUCAUCUUCUUCUUCUUCUUCUUCUUCUUCUUCGUUAUUAUCACCUGUCCCACCCUCCUCAACGAACAAAAGAAACAAGAAGAAAGGUUUACUGAAUAAAAUGCUCGGAGGAAUCGUCACCAUGAAACCUACCUCGAAAGAGGCCAAGGUCGAAGUAUCCAACGAUACGAUUCGACGAGACGAUCGUGCUCGGAAUCGUACGAAAAACAUCAAUGGACCGGCACCGGCACCAAUACCAGAAGUACCAGUUGUCAGUCUGAAGGAAGCCAUAUCUUGCAACGAAAAAUCAUUAGAACCUAGAAGAGCCCAACGUGGCGAUUAUUGGGUUCUAUAUAAUUACGUACCUAUGAGUAUGAACGUGAAAUGUUGGGAAAGCGUAACAUAUACAACUCAUGCCGAUUACACCUUUCUGGACAACUUGGAACCAUUGUUGGAACGUUGGAGAGCACCGAUAUCGAUCGCGAUGCAUGCUCCUGGCACAGACUUUUCGGCGACAUUAGACGCGAUCAAAUAUUCGAGGAGUUGUGGUAGCCCAUUGGUUUUUCAACUGGUGACAUUUCAUGUCUUUUUCAGCAGUAAACACGUGCCAAAAUCGGUUCCACCAUCGGAAAAAGUUAUGUCCGAUACGUACAAUUGUACGUUGGGACCACCCUGGGUAAAUAUAACGCUUUCGAAAAUGUACAAAAACGAAAAGAAACUUCUUUAUCCCGUUAACGUUGGAAGAAAUAUAGCAAGGGAAUCAGCACCGACAUAUUAUGUUUUUGCAAGUGACAUAGAAUUAUAUCCAAGUCCAAACCUUCCGGAAAAGUUUCUUGAAAUGAUCCGUAGGAGAGAUCAACCGGCAUUGCAAAAAUCUAAUCCGAAGGUUUACGUCUUGUCCAUAUUCGAAGUUAACGAAAAGUAUCGACCACCGAACAAUAAAACUCAUUUGGUACAAAUGUUGAAAGCAGGAACAGCUAUUCCAUUUCAUAAGAAGCUUUGUUCCGGUUGUCACAACGUUCCACGUAGCAAGGAAUGGCAGGAAGCUCCUGAAACCGAAGGUCUUCAUGUAUUUCAUGUUGGAAAGCGUACAGGUAGCUUCGUUCAUUGGGAACCUAUUUUUAUAGGAACUAACGAAGAACCUUUGUACGACGAACGACUCAGUUGGGAAGGAAAAAGUGAUAAAAUGCCGCAGGGUUACGCUCUCUGUGUCCUUGAUUACGACUUUCUCAUUCUGGACAAUGCAUUCUUGGUUCAUCGUCCCGGUAUAAAGAUCUUCAAAAAGGAUCCUCAUCGUGAAAUGCUCACUGCUAAGACGAACGCAUUGAUCAAGAAAAUUAUCGUACCAGAAUUAAAAAUCUUAUAUGGUACAAGAAAAGGAUGUGCUGUCUAGCCAUUACCAUCACGAGCGUCUUAGCGCUCUAGACGGACAAAAACAAGUAAAUCAAUACUGACUAGCUCGCUAAUUUGAAAGAGCUACCAUUCGAUCUUAAUGUUUCUACGCCAAUAAUUCUAAACGCAAAUUAAGCGUGUUACUAAAGAUCGUCAUUCAAAAUGUUAAUAUGUUCCAUGAAUCGUGCCAAUUCAAUGAUAAAUUAUCAAAGAUCCAACAUCGUCGUUUUUCAUUAACGUUUCUCUAAGGUUUUUCUAAAGUCAAAAAUGUUGUGAUAAAGUGAAGAAGGAAAAAGAAUAUGCAAAUCGAUAGAGACAG